CCAGUAAUUCCGCCCUGUCGCAAGAUGGCGGCGGUUAGCGGGAGGCGGCGCGGUGUGCUGCGGCUGCUAAUGCGGAUCGGGUCGGUGCUGCUCACUCGCUUCCCGUUCUGGCACUGUCUCAGCGGCCUUCUCCUCAAUGCAGAGCGCGCCGAGGUUCGCCGGCUCCUGAGAAAAUCUUGUGGGACUUUCAAGAAUCCUCAGAGCACACUUUAAAGAAAACCGAUUUAGAACAACCUUAUCCAGCUGGUUUCCUCAAAAAUUUGUUGAGAGCACCAGAGGAAACCAGACAUCCCUGUCCCAUUUCUCUACUUUGACAUGGGUGCAGCAGUUUUGUGUGCAAGCUUUAUGUCCUUUGGUGUGAAACGUCGAUGGUUUGCUUUGGGGGCUGCUCUCCAGUUGGCUAUCAGCACCUACGCAGCAUAUGUUGGAGGUUAUGCACAUUAUGCAGACUGGCUGAAGGUGAGAAUGUAUUCACGAACAAUAGCCAUAAUAGGUGGAUUUCUGAUCUUGGCAAGUGGCGCUGGUGAGAUCUACCGCCAGAAACCACGGAACAGAUCAUUGCAAUCUACUGGGCAAGUUUUCAUUGGAAUCUACCUCAUUUGUGUGGCCUACUCUCUUCAGCACAGCAAAGAAGAUCGCCUGGCCUAUCUUGGUGGUAUCCUGGGUGGGGAGAUCCUCCUACAGCUUCUCUUUGUUCUCUACGGUGUCCUUGCUCUGUCCUUUCUAUCUGGUUAUUACAUCACCACAGCUGCUCAGAUCCUGUCGGUAAUUCUUCCUCUGGUCAUCCUCUUCAUUGAUGGCAAUCUUGGUUUCUGGCACGAUUCUUGCAGAGUUGAAUUCUGGAAUCAAAUGAAGUUGAUUGGCCAAAACGUUGGGAUUUUUGGGGCCUCCAUCAUUUUGGCCACAGAUGGCUGAGCAUAACCCAGGGGACUUGAGGGACUAUGCUUGAUUUCAGGCCAGGGAGAGGAGAAGACUUCUGGAGAAGGAACUGGGAUGAUUUUAAUUAAUUGCUUAUUUAUUUCGGUUUUACUGCAUUGUUGAAACUUUUUGCUCCUUUCCACUGGCAGAUAAAUGAACUUAUAUCCUUUCUUUAUAAUGUGGGAUCAUUUCUAUUUUUUUAAUUUUAUUUUUGUCAAGGACAGUGCAACAGCUGUCCUAUUUCUUGAGCAAUAGAAAGUGAAAGAUUAAGGUCUUUAAUUACAUCCGUGAGGGUUCAGGGUUUUGGUGUCCUCUAGUAGAAUUGAUUUAGAUUUCUGUUUUCAGUCUUUCAGAAACUUAAAGAAAAUUUGAACACAAUUUCCACUUGGUAUGCUGCUGGGCCUGAACAACACUCCUGGGUUGAGUAGACAGAGAUAGAGAGAUUUUGAAUCAUUUUACUUUGGAUUCAAGAGUAUGAAUAUGAUAGUGGUGGUUCUCAGAAUGUGUAGUUUUUUUAUAUCGUGGGGCUUCUGACUAUUGAUAAUUCUCAAAGAGGCUAAGAUAAAUGGUAAAGUCAUUGGCUAACUUCUGCUCUACUUGUAUGAACACAUUUGUGAAACUGUAUUAUACUCUUCCAGACAAGCAUGAAGUCCAAACAAUGACCAAUUGGGUAAAAUAUUAUUUUAUUCAUAGUGGGUUUAGGAGUGAAGAGACUCCAGUAUUUAUAUAUUUAGUGCAUCAGCUAAGAACACUUACUGUUGAAACUGGAUGGUAAAAGGAAAGUCGGUUUUUUUGUUAAGUUCCUAUAGGGAGAACAUUUAGAGCUGGAUUCAAACUAGCUGCAAGUGGAGGGAAAGAAAUUUGGAUAUAAUUUUCCCUGAUUUAGAUGCCUCAGAUUUUGUGGUACUGGAACUAAUUAGGGAUGGACGAUAUUUGAAAUGGUAGAUGAUUGCAUCUCUGCCUCAUGAUUUUUAAAAUUAUAUGCCUGUCCUAUGACAGAAAAUAAUGGAGUGAAUUUGCAGUCUGUGAUUUUAUGCUUUUUUUUUUUUUUAGGAAGAUAGAGAUUGGAAGGCCCUUAGCUCACCUAUCCCCAUCGCUAAAUUUUGGAAACCCCACUUUUUAAGGCUAAUUUUAGCUCAUUUUUAAAUACUUUCUUUUGGAGGAAGGUUAAAAGUGGAGAAUGGAAGUGAAAGGAAAAUGUUCCCAAAAUGCCAUUUCUUGCAGCAUUUGUGGAGAGUUUAAAUGUGGGAGAAAGUGGGACAGUUUGUCUCCCAGAGGUAUCAAAACUGGGAAUAUGUUAAAAGCCUGGACUAUGCAAAAAUCCAGGCAAAAUUGGCCUGUGAGAAAGCAGUUUGGGGUCAUUAUGGGAGAUGAGUCUUAAGGAUGCUGGUGAGAAUGAGAGGCCCGUGAAUCCAUCACUUCUAUCAAGAGCAUAAGAAAGACAUAGAACCUCAGAUCACAGGCCCAUAUUUAUUUCUGUGUGAAUAGUGAAGCUGUGGGGAAUGAGACGAAAAAUGAAUGAUACUGGAUGGGAAUUACAUAAUUUGGAUCAAAUAAAAUUAUGAUACUGAAGACUGCAGGAAUAGAAGAAGAGCUUUUCUCAUACAUUGAAGUUCUUCAUAAUGUUAACCUCUAGACGAGGUUGCUACCUAACAAAUAUAUUGAUUUUUUUCACCGUCAUUGGUAGAUUAUGUUAUUAGAGGCACUAGAAUCUCAAUCAGUUAAAGCAAUAGGCUGCCAUAGUACACGCUUAGCCACCUCGACUCUGAAUCCGGUUUUCUUUCAGUUGACCAUAUGUGAUCUGGGUACAGUAGAAUCCAUGUUCAUAAUAAUGUUUAGGCAGCUUUUCCUAUCUCUGUAAUUGCAUUCUUCAGGCCAGAAUACAUUCAGACUAUUUCUUUCCAGAACACAUUUUUGACAAUAAUCUUGUCUGAAAUGUAAUUUGCAUUUGGAAAAAUCCAGUGUACCUCUUGAGAUGUAAGGGUGGAAUAUUUUUAUUCAGAGCCUCUCAAGGAAUUUAAUAUGCUACUCAGGAAUCAUUGGUUUAAAAUCCAGCCCCAUAAUGGGUUUUUAUAUGUAUUCACUCUCAAAGGAGAGAUGCAGGAAUUUGGAAAAUGCUGCCAUUCUGGAAUCAUAGCCUAUUUCAGCUGUCUUAGCCAUACACUAUGUUGCCUUUUCCUCCUCAUUGGCAGGCACCAUUGAUUUGCUGCAUCUUCAGGAUUUCCUAAUACGUAUUCUGCAUUUGGAAGUUUAAAAGACAAUAAACGCACUUUUCUAUUA